GACGUUAUAUUUUUACAAGAAGACGGAAUGACGCAACCUUUAACUCUUAUUAGCGGGAACGUAGAAUGUGACAAGAGGUUUACAAGAGAGUUAGAAUCCUCAAAAAUGGUCAAUCCCGCGAGCUUGUUUAUUCGCCAAACGGUGAGGAAGUUUACAACGAGCUCCGUUCGCAGGAGCGGUCAUCACGACCCCUACGAUGGUGUUCCUGGACAUAACUUUCCAUUCAGUACACAAAAUAGGCACAAACUUUUGCUCUAUUUUAUGUUGUUCUUUGGCAGUGGAUUUUCCAUACCGUUCUUAAUUGUCCGUCAUCAGUUGAAGAAAUAAAUUUGUAUAUUAGAGGAUACACAUCUUCAGGAGUUUCAAGGGUUAAACCUGUACUUCAGCUGUACUAAGUAUAGUUUCAAGUGUUAAAUAUGUGUCAUUUGAAAUUACACAAUACUUUAUUCCAAAUAAAAUGUAGAAGAAACGUGUGUUUCUAAUAAAAUUGAUUAUAUAUAAAUUAGAAAUUGUUGAUAAAUUA